CGGGAAGGAGCUGCCGGCCAGUCGCGCCUGGCUGAGCGCGAUCCUGCACCAUGCCCCGCAUAGAUGCGGACCUCAAGCUGGACUUCAAAGAUGUACUGCUCCGACCCAAGCGAAGUAGCCUCAAGAGCCGAGCCGAGGUGGAUCUUGAGCGCACUUUUACGUUUCGGAAUUCCAAGCAGACCUACUCAGGGAUUCCCAUCAUAGUGGCUAACAUGGACACUGUUGGGACAUUUGAAAUGGCAGCAGUGAUGUCACAGCACUCCAUGUUUACAGCCAUUCACAAGCAUUACACCCUGGAUGACUGGAAACACUUUGCCACAAAUCACCCAGAGUGCCUGCAGCAUAUUGCUGUGAGUUCAGGCAGCGGGAAGAAUGAUCUGGAGAAGAUGAGCAGUAUCCUGAAAGCUGUCCCACAGGUUAAGUUUAUCUGCCUGGAUGUGGCCAAUGGAUAUUCAGAACACUUUGUGGAGUUUGUGAAACUUGUCCGUGCCAAGUUUCCAGAGCACACCAUCAUGGCAGGGAAUGUGGUGACAGGAGAGAUGGUAGAAGAGCUGAUUCUUUCUGGAGCAGAUAUAAUCAAAGUGGGCGUUGGACCAGGUUCUGUAUGCACUACCCGCACCAAGACCGGAGUGGGCUACCCGCAGCUGAGUGCUGUGAUAGAGUGUGCUGAUUCUGCCCAUGGCCUGAAGGGCCACAUCAUCUCUGACGGAGGCUGCACAUGUCCAGGAGAUGUCGCCAAAGCCUUUGGAGCCGGAGCAGAUUUUGUCAUGCUGGGAGGGAUGUUCUCAGGCCACACGGAGUGUGCUGGAGAGGUGAUUGAACGGAAUGGGCAGAAGCUCAAGCUCUUCUAUGGGAUGAGCUCUGAUACGGCCAUGAAGAAGCACGCUGGAGGAGUUGCUGAGUACAGGGCCUCUGAGGGCAAGACUGUGGAAGUGCCUUACAAAGGGGAUGUGGAAAACACAAUUCUGGAUAUUCUUGGGGGACUGAGGUCUACCUGCACUUAUGUGGGGGCUGCCAAACUCAAAGAGCUGAGCAGGAGGGCGACAUUCAUCCGGGUGACCCAACAGCACAACACCGUGUUCAGCUAACCUUGAAGAUGAGCUGACACUCUGGAAGCUUGCACAUGCACCUAUUUUCCUCUCUCCCUCCUUCUGUUACUUCCGAGCUUCUGGCUGCUCCUGAAUGUUGGAAUGCUGCCACCUCCUCCCUUUUUUGCCACCUGGAGGCUUGGGGGCUGCCCUUAGUGCCUUCUGGGGAUCCGGACAGAGGGCACUGAUUGGGUCAAUAGUGGUCAGAGCCCAGCUGUCCAGAACUCAUGAUAUCAUUGUUAAAAUUAACAUUCACACCUUUUUUCCCCUAAGAAAAUGGUUUCACUUGAAUAUAAUGCUGUUAUCAUAAGACUUGUUUGAAUGCCAGAGUUUACAUUUGCAAGAAAAAUUGUAGGAGGAGCUGGGAUGAAGUUAGGGGGUCCUAUCUCCUUAGAUUAACAUUGACAUGCAACUCUGGAUUCCUGGUAGGCACUUGGGGAGGGUUGGAGAGAAUAAUAGGCUAGUUAUUGCUGGAAAUAAGAACAAUUGACUGAACAUGGAAACCUGGCAUUUCACACUGAAGCUCUUAAGCUUGUUAAUGUGAGAGUCUUUAUUGAGAAAUAAAGGGGAGAGGUGAAACAAA